CCUCCACAAAUUUACCACCACAAAGACAGGGUGAGUCGUCUCAGUAGUCGUGGGGUCACAAAAUAAAUUAUGUCAAACAGAUCACGGCGGCCCAGAGCCGAAUGCGGACCCGUUUCUCUCGAGGGUUCCCAGAGUUGCACCGUUGCACGCGGAUUGUCGGAUGUUCGGUGAUCUGUUGUAAAAAAUAUAAUCGCAAGUGUCGUGUUCGUGGAUGCGGUAAAGCUGUACACACCUGUCCAUGCCUUUCAUUAGAGUAAUGCUGACGCCACAACAUCAGUUAUUCCACUCAAUUGACCUUUUUCUUCGCAUCCGUUGCACGGAGCUACCCGAAGUUAUUUCACGUAAGCGAGAUCUUUUUGAACGGGUAUCUCGAAAAGAGGAAAGCGUACACGAGGGAGACGAUGGCGCGGAAAUGGGGUUGAAACGUACUGCGUACAAGCGCUCCGAAGUAGGCGAAUGGGAGUCGCAGACGCGGUGAAUGGAAAAGGCAAUUUCGUUCGCAGGAAAAAGAAAAUAAUAACAAACGAACAAAUAGAUGAUUAAAUAAAGGAAAAGGGAAGAAAUAAACGAAGAAGUAGAAGAAGAUUGAGUAAAAAAGGGAGAUAUUAUCCGGAAAAAAAUGAUGACCACGAUGGCUAGAUUCCCGUGCAAACAGUCCUCGCCAUCGCAACAGAGCACCGGUGUCAAUAACUUUGGCACAAGGGGAUACUGGGACACGCAGGUCAUGCAACAACAGCAGCAGACGAGGACUACGACGCAACAGCAGCAAACCACGCAACCACCACCCCCACCGACUACACCCUACGCCAGAAGCAACCGUCAACAGGGCGACUACGCCGGAAAGAGGAAAAGCGCCGUGGAACUUCUUCAGGAGUCUAAGGCGUUCUACGUCAAGAGUGAAACGGUUUUGGACAGAAAACAGGAAUUGAAAAACAGCGGUCACCUCCAAGUUUCCCAGUUAACUGCCCCCGGGGCACCGCCGCGACUUUUGCGGAAGUGCAGCAACGCCGGUAGCUGUCCCAUGCAGCCUACGUCCCCGCAACUUACGACCCCGCUGACGCCACCCUGCUGUUGGUCGAAUUGUCACGACCAGGAUAGACCUGACGGAUUGAUGAGCCCUCAGAGAUCGUUGCCUCCGCCAACGUUACCGUCGAAGAGUCCGCGACUGGUUCCCGCCCCUCAGAGGAGGACGAUUUCCGGUCCAGCUAGCGGAAACGGAACCGACCAGUUGCAGACGAAACUCAGAAGGCUGUUGAACACCGAUAGCAAAGAGAAUGUUUUUUUCCCCGAUACGCCACCGCCCCCGUCGCCGUCGACCCAACAAAACGGAGCUCCGAGAGAUGAUAAGUUCAGAUAUUCGCCCGGGGGACUUUCUCCCGGUGGUUGCCGAGAAGGGGAUCACAAUUUGCGCGGUGCACAGCUAGACAUUUGUUUCAAAUUCGGUAGAAGCAACUCUCACUCUCACUCGUACGGAAGGUCUGGAAAGAAAUCUAGCAAUUCAUCGCCCGCCGAAACUACCGUCUGCCACAAAUCGCUUCCGGAUCUACAUUGCACCAGUACGAGACGUCGUGCAUCUCUUUCGCCGCACGCCUCAUCGAAAUCGUCAUCCAAACCGUCGACGUCCGGAUAUCAUCAGGCGACGAAUAAUUGUCCCGACUGCGAAACCAGCUCAGAUUAUUCCGAACACAGCUUCAAAAGAGACGCCAAUUGUUAUCGGAGUUCCAGGAAUUUUAAGCGAUCAUUGGGUUCGGGCGGUGGGGACGCGAGCAGUGUUUUAUCAUCGGGUGGCCGGACGCAAAAAUCGUCGGGAUCGAGUAAACUGAGUCACGGUGCAACGGCAAGGGAUUCCGGAGGGUCUUCCGGGCACUGCACACACCGCAGUGAGCCACCUCCUAGAAUCCAGGAUUGCUGGAGUCACAUGCGUAGAGACAGCGGAGCCUCGACGCAACAUUCUACGGAUAAAGAUCGUUCGAGAAAAAGCAGCUAUGGAAGUGGCACACCCCAAUCCGUUGUCAGGCCUUACACGCCGGAUUCGGAAAGCAGCAAUAGUCGGACCGAGUGCAGCCCAACGCGUAAUUCGAGGUUCUCCGAUAGUUGGAAAGAAGAAAGGGGUAGACCCAUUUUGCGAUCAAAGUCCGAUAUCAGCGACCGUUACUGGCGUCACGAUAACGUUCGCGCAACAAAAUCAGUUCAUCCAACCCGAUCGGUUGCACAGUUGGAAAUAUUUUUCGAUCGCCUCGGCCUGGAUUCGGAUAAUUACCAUCGCAUUACCGAACCAGAUUCAAAGUCCUCUUCCCCAGUUUUUUUCGACAGCGUUAGCUCGGUCGAUUCCGCGUUAGGCCUAUAUUCCUGGGCUGGAAAUAACCAAUCGAAUCAGUGGCAAAAUAACAACUGCAGCAUCGGAAGAGGAAACGAGGACUGCAAUCCGCGAUCAAGCGAUCCGCCGAGUAUAGUCGAACGAAACGCCAGGAUCAUUAAAUGGCUUUGUCAGUGUCGCAAAGUACAAUUUGGCUACAGCUAAAUUAGUCAUUAAGUAAGGUAUGUACCUAAAAGUGAGGGAUCUCUGAAUAUUAUCGAGUCUCAUUUACUUUCGAUUAUUUGUGGAAUUGACACCAAAAACAAGAGAGAAAAAAGAAAGGAUAUUAUACUUUUGGAAUUCAUGUCGUUCGCAGAAUUCCGAAUGAAGGAGAUCUGAAAAUCUCGUCAUCACGGUGGAAAUUUCAAUUUGAUAUAUUAUCAUCUUAUUGACGAACGACAGACCUUCGGACGUUGAGAUUUUAAUUGCAUUGUUUAUUUACCUAUAAUAAUUGGUUAUCUGUUGAGAAUAUUUUUAGGUGGUGUUUCAGAAACACAUGUGCCAUUUUCAUAGUAAUCUCCACGAGUCAGCAAGUAUCAGCUUAGCAACAGUUUAUUUGCAGCACACGGUAGAUCGGGUAGUGUUUUUCGAUUACUCUAAUUGUAAAUAAUAGUUUUUAUCCUAUUCGGAAUGUUAGUUAUUCGUUGCCCGUCGAAGUCUUUAUCUAUCUAUCAAAUAGAUGCGUUAUUGAAUCAUGAAUCUAUAUCCAUUUGCUUCGGUGCAUACCGUUGAAAUUUUACUUUCUACGCAGCCUAUGAAUCUCUCUCAAUUUAGCCCUGGCUGGGUCAUCGAAUUUCUUUCCAGUGUAUCGUGACGAACAAUUCAAAAAUCAUGCCUUCGAAAUUGCUGGUAUUUAAAUACCACAGAUACAGAACUCACUCAAUUAACGUUAACGUCAAAUCUGUUUUUAUCAUUUGAUUCUAUUUUUUUUUAUUUUUAUUGACGAAAAGUAGCGACUCAGGUAGUAAACUGGACAAAACGCAAAUAAUAAUUAAAAACUAAUCGAUCGAGGCUGGAAGUCGCAAGCCUUUUAAUAUGAAUUAAAAUAAAUGUGUUCAAUAUUUUGGGUAUCAUCGAAUGACAGUCACAUAUUUUAGACCAGGUUUUUACCCUAUGAAAUUUUUCACAUUUUUUUUCCAACACAUCUCGGCCGGCGCGCAAUGUGUCAAGGUGAAAUAAAAUUUCACCGACCUGCGUUGUGUAGUGUAAUAUUCGCAUGCCGCGUACAAAAAUACUUGAUCAGAGCUUUUAUCAAUAAGAAUGUUCAAUUAUUCUGGCCUUAGUUUUCCCUGGUAAAAUUAAUCAUCAAUGCAUGACAUUUAUAACAUGAUGUUUAAUUAUCAGAAACUGAUGAUAGUAUUAUUGAUGCGUAGUCGGUACGGUCUUUGGUAAUUUCUUACGGAAUUAUGAACCAGUCGAGCGAUAACACUUCAUUCAUAUUGCUUUUCCAGUUUCCUACAAUUCUGUGAAAGUUUGUACGAUUGUUAAUUCCUCAAAGACUUUAGUGCGGCAGCUAGAUUUUUGUUGUUAAUUCAUCAGCAAUGUCACGUGUGAGGUAUAGUUACUGAUUCAGGUGGGCAUGAGAUUGCUCUGGGUGUUAUUUUAAUUCGGGAAGACGAGUUUUCGGUUCGAUAAACUCCGUUGCUAUUUUUUACAGUAUGUAACGAUGAUAUUAUUCCGUUCUUAAAAGAAGUACUUAACUUGCCUAGUUGUACGUUGAUGUCAUGCCAGUAAAGCAGGUAUUCCUGACGCUGACGGAAUCCCUCAUUUAAAAUCAUUGUGUAGAUUUUACACAUUGCAUUUAAUUGUCCCGUGAAAUAUACCAUGUAGACUUAUCUACAAGUCAAAAUAGAUGUUAUGCUACCAUUAGUAUUUACACUUAACAAGAUCUUAUAAUCGUUUGUGGCAAUCAAAACUUCAUUAUAGAUUCAGAGGAAGAUUUUAGCAACUAUAUUUGAAGGUAAUGAUUAUUAUUAAUAAUUCGAUACAUAAAGUUAGAAAAUAUUUAUCGAUAGUGUGUAAUGGAAUGCUAGUUACUGUUAAAGUUUGAAAAAUUUCGUCUUUCUAUUAUUGAAUAUCUAGUGUUUCAGAAAAAAUAUGUAACAGAAGGCAGCCCGAGGUCGACUAUGGGGAAAUCAUAGGUAUAUAUGCCCAGAUAUAUAUUUAUUAUACAAAGAAAGUAGUGAUAUAGUGUUAGAAAAUGUAUUGUCGGCAAACGAAGGAAAUAAUCCUAAUGUUUUAAACCUAUAGUUACAAUAAUUCCACUAAUUUUGGCUUGACGAGUAAAUUUCACUACAACUUUUCUUAUGCGAAAGACAUUUUUCUAUCUAUAGACAUAGAUAGUAAAAUGAUAAUUAGACAUAUAUAUAUAUGUAUACAUAUAUACUUCGUGUAGGGAUUUGAUAGCAUACUUAUAACUGUAAUCAGAAUAAUCGUUGAAUUCGUUAGGGUAAAAGGAUUAUUAUAACAAUAAUGAAAUUCAAAGUUAUGUAGAAUAUGUUGACCAAAUAACUGUUAGACAAAGUUUAUGGCAUUCCUUUAAAAAUGUUGAAACGAAAAAAGAGAAUAUCUGAAAUUGAUAAUGUUUGUAAAUUCUAUGAGAGGUAUCUGACUCUCUAAAUUUUUGUUGUUAUACUUUUAUUCGAUGAUCGAAUCGAUUAUAAAAACGGAGAAUAUUAGGAAAAAACAAUAUGCGAAAGAACAUCGUUUGAAUAUUAAUUAGCUGCUGUGAGUAAAGUUUUCAUUCAAAAUAUUGAAUUCUGCAUUUCUACAAAAGUACAACACUGCCACAGUGCGCAUCACUCAAAAUUAUAUGAGAUCUUUCUACGUAUAAUGUAUACUAUUUAUGACGCAUAAUAUUUACGAUUGUUAUAUCCAUGAAGUUUCAAUUGCUUUUUUAUUAUCUAGUCACGUAUGUAGAGCACAGCGUAUUAAUCACUCGAAUAAUUAUUAAUUAUUAAUUGCCAUGUGUCCACUGACAUCUGAUGCCGACGUUCCGUUUCUUGUAUUUAUGUAGUUCCGACACUCAAAUAUUAUUGAAAAUUUAAAACGGCUUGGAUAAAAUUUGAAUAUUUAAAACAGGGUAAAAUUACAUCUGAAAUUAUUAACACCAUGUGUAUAAAUAAACCAAAUAGAUUGUUGAAUAUUAUAAAUUAAAGUUAUCUUUUAUUUC